AUGAUGGCUAACAAUGGUCCUCGCAUUAGUGUGAUUGGCAUAGGUAAAUUAGGCAGUCCGAUGGUGGCUGUAUUUGCUUCGAAAGGUUAUCAUGUCAUUGGUUUGGACAUCAACAAAGAUUUUGUUGAAUUGCUACAAAAAGGAAUAGCUCCCGUGUAUGAGCCUCGAUUACAAGAAUUGAUCACACAAUAUAAGAAAAAUAUCGAAGCAACAACGGAUUAUUACAAGGCUAUAUCUCUCACAGAUAUAACCAUGGUUAUUGUCCCCACACCGUCCGAUAGUGAUACUGAAUUUUUUAGCAAUGAUUAUGUACUCAAUACAAUGAAAGCAAUUGGCCAAGUAAUUAAAUCGUGUAAUAAAUACCAUCAGGUAGUUGUAACAUCAACAGUAAUGCCGGGAUCUACUGGGGGAAUAAUACGGGAUGUGCUAGAAGCUUCGUCCGGCAGAAAAAUUGGCUGUUUGGAUAGUGAAAUCGGUUUGGCCUACAGUCCAGAGUUUAUUGCUCUCGGACAAGUUAUACACGAUAUGUUAAAUCCAGAUUUUGUAUUAAUCGGUGAAAGUGACAAACGAAUUGGCGACGCUUUACAACAUUUAUAUUCGAAAAGAUCUGAUAAACAGCUAGUUUUAUUUCGACGAAUGAAUUUUGUUAACGCAGAGUUGACAAAAAUAGCUAUAAACACCUAUGUGACAACAAAAAUAACCUAUGCAAAUAUGCUAAGUGAGCUGUGUGAAAAUAUACCUGACGCGGACGCUGACACUGUGAAUGUGGCCAUCGGUUCUGAUUCUCGAAUUGGAAAUAAAUAUUUGAAAGGUGCAUUAGCCUAUGGAGGACCGUGUUUUCCAAGAGACAAUCGUGCAUUUGCUGCGUUAGCAAAAUCUUUGUCUUGCAACGCAUUGUUAGCGGAAGCUACUGAUCAAUUAAAUAACUACCAAGCCGAAAGAUUAGUGAACAUCUGUAAAAAAAUAGCAGUAAUUUGCACCGUUGACAAAAUCCAACCAUCAAAAACAAAAGUUGGCUUAUUAGGUUUGUCGUAUGAACCUUCUAGUCCAGUGACAGAGUGCUCACCUGCUUGUAACUUAGCCAAUAAACUCGUUUUGGAUUUUGAUGUUACCGCUUUUGAUCCACUAGCUAUGUCGGCAGCUGCUCGAAUUUGUGAUAAGCGCGUUACAUUUGCAAACUCAGUUGACGAACUUGUUUGUGGAGAUUUGGAUAUUCUAUUGAUUACAACAGCAGCGAGUUGCUGGAAAAACAUUUAUUUUAAUCAGACGAGAAAAAAGCUUUUAUAUAUAAUUGACUGUUGGAAACUGUUGAACAAAGAAGAGAUCGAACAAAACAAUCGUUAUGUUCGAAUUGUCUUAUUAGGAAACGGCAAUUCAAUAAAAGGACUAAAUGAUGUAGGAGCAUCAGUUAGAAAGUUGACUGUCAGGAACAAUGAGUUUCAAAAUGGCCAUGCUCAACGUCGCGUAUUAGUUGCUGGUGGAGCGGGUUUCAUUGGGAGCCAUUUAGCUCGNAGGCGAAAACAAGGGCAGAGUUGA